GCUGACGUUUCUGGGUGAAUUAUAACUAAGGACAACUGAAGUACAUAAAAGUGAAGAAUGUUGGGGAAGAUUACAACAGAUCCACCUUACCUUACUAUCGAUAAUUUCGAGGACUGUCUGGCUUCUGAUGAUGUUCUGGUGCACUUCUUUAAUGACUUCCUCAGCCUACCUUCGUUCCCUAAGUGUGUUCAGUACAACCAGGAGACGGGUGUGUUUGAGGUGGUCAGUGGUUCAGCGGAGGCUCUGUCUAGGAGAAUCAGGUCAGCCCUGCAGCACUUUCAAUCACAACGUCUCACUGACCCGACAGAGCUGGCUGCUAGACCCGUGGUGGACAACCACUACACUGUCCUGUGCUUGGACAGAGUACAGGGAGUGAAGUGGAUCCUACAAGAAAGACUACCCUUGUUUAUUCAAAGUGACUGCUACUUCGAGUACAGGUUAGCGAAGCUGCUUUCUCAGUGGGGCCCUCGGGGCUGCAACCAGAAGAGGGAUGGUGCCUCAGUCCCACACCCUGUCACCACAGAGCCCGUCUGUCCUUCCCCUGGGCCUGAUGACAGAGAGACCCUGAUGAAGGUCCUCUAUGUGUCACUGGGGCAGGCCUCAGUAACAGACAUGUUGACAAUGGCUAAGGACGAGGACAAGCAGCUGCCUGUCUGUACCCGGUCUGUGAGAAGCCCAGUGUGCUCCCUGGGCCGGGAGGGACAGAGGGGUCCGUCCUCAGCCUGCUUCUCCUGCAUCCCCGACUCAGAGUCCUACGCCCUCUCCUCCUCACUCCUCGUCUCCUUUCCUCUCUCCUCUUCACUUCUAGACUGGGACAGGAGACGGGGAGACCACAGCCCAGAGCAGGAGAUGAAAGUCUACCUCACAGAGACAGAGACAGAGGCAAAGACAGAGAUAGAGGCAGGAACUACAGAUGAGGGUAAUGGGGACCCCAAGCCCCAGAGUCCCUCCUGUUCUACCACUGAUGAGGAGACAGGUGGUCCCCACACAGAGAGCCCCUGUGAGGGAGGUCCAGCCACCAGCCACAGCAGACUGAAGGAGGAGGGCGGAGGGUCAGCGGAGGAGAACGACCAGGACCUUGAGUUCUGUGAUGCCACUGCUCGUAUCCAUGGUGAUAGACAGGGCCUUGGUGACUUUAAGGACUUCUUAAAGGGAACACUAGGAGAGAAGCUUUUGCGUCUGUGGAUGGAUAUAGAGAGACUGAAGACCCUACCGGACGGCAUGAGGAAAAACAGGCAUUUGGUCCAGAUGCGUAGCUGCUACCUGCUGACCGGUGGCCAGAGCAGUCUGAAUGGUGAGCUGUUGACCAGACUGGGUCUCUCUACCUCCCCCUGCUGGAGAGAAGACAGACUGCAGAGAGUACAGCCCCGCAUCACUGAGGCACUGCUCUGCUACUGGGGUCCCAGGUUCAGGAUGAGGCAGAGAGCAAUAGAUCCUCUCAGACUGUCACUGUGGAGGAACGAACAGCUACGCCCUCCCUCUGGUGUCAACCCUAACCCUCGUUACAUCACCAUCCGGCCUCACACCUCUAUACCUCGACCUACCAUCCACCCAGACACCUCUCUACCCAGAGACAGGACCCCCACACCAGCUCACACCUCUAUACCUCGACUUACCAUCCGCCCAGACACCUCUCUACCCAGAGACAGGACCCCCACACCAGCUCACACCUCUAUACCUCGACUUACCAUCCGCCCAGACACCUCUCUACCCAGAGACAGGACCCACACACCAGCUCACACCUCUAUACCUCGACUUACCAUCCGCCCAGACACCUCUCUACCCAGAGACAGGAUCCCCACACCAGCUCACACCUCUAUACCUCGACUUACCAUCCGCCCAGACACCUCUCUACCCAGAGACAGGAUCCCCACACCAGCUCACACAAAGACAGGUUAUGCCAGCAGCAGUCCUGUUGUUGGGACCAGGAGGAGGGAGAGGAUGUUACAGGGUCUAUGUGUGGACUCACAGGCCGGGUUCUACUUCACACGUUACUGUGAACGCUCUGGAAACCCGCUGUGGGAGAAUGCCGUCCACUUCUGGUGUGAUCUGCAGCAGUACCACCAGCUCUUCUACCAAGAUGGGCUGGAUCCCUACAGGGUACAGAGACAGGCUCAUUUGCUGUAUUCAACCUACGUGUGCAGUGCUGCCCGUAGUAGCAUUGGGGCGGAGGAGGAGAGCAGAGAGAGGGUCUAUACCUGUCUCACUCCCCCGUUUGAGGAGCUGUUUGACUGGGUGGAGGAACACACUCUGACCCUCCUCCUGGAGCCCUGGACACUGCUCACCACCAGGGACACGGACGCCUUCCAGAAGGUGGCCGUACGGGAGGAGACUCGCCAGGUGGAGUCAGAGCAGUACAGAGAACUGAAGACACUGUACGAGGAGGCUGUACACGGACUGGAACAGCAGGCUGUGGCCCAGGCCUGCAGGCCCCCUCCUCCACCACUAGAGGUCCCCAGGUCUCCAGCUCUGUGGUCUGCCGUCCCAGAGAGGUACAGAGGGUACAGGUUGGGCUCUCUGCUAGGACACCGCAUGGAGCUACAACACUUCACAUCCUUCCUACAGGACAACACCGCCAGUAUACACCUGGCUUGCUGGCAGGACAUAGAGAACUACAGGAGAACCCCCCAUAAAGACAAGGCCCAGAGAGAGGACAAGUCUAGACUCAUUAAGGACAAAUACCUCAACAGGAAAUACUUCUUUGGGCCUGACAGUCCUGCCACCAGACAACAACAGGAUGAGGUGAUGCGUCUGGCGGGUGGCUGGGGCAGACUGAUUCAUGACCGUCUGUGUGCUCCUGUCCUGGUGAACAUUCAGAGCAUCAUCAGGAACCACAUAGAAACAAGAUGGCUGCCUGUCUUCCUGACUACGUCGGCGUUCAAUGAGAGACAGCAGCAGAGAGUCAGGCCUCGGGGUGAAGAUGGGGUGUUGGACCAGGUCUACCAGCGACACAGGAACAAGAGAGAGGUGUGGAAGCAGGUGAAGGGGACGUGGAUGACCUCUGCAGGGGAGAUCCUGGCUCUCCGGAGGGCCCUGCUCAACCCCGUCACAUGUCAUCAGUUCCGGCGCUUCGUCUCUCUGAAGGGAGACUUCCUGGAGAAUGACAUCGUGUUCUGGCUGGAGGUCCAGAGGUACAAGGACCUGUGUCAUUCCCACUGUUUGGAGGCUGUAGUCCAGGACAAGGUGUCCACCAUCAUCAGCUGUUUCAUCCAGUCCGCCGUCCCCCCGGCCCUGCAGAUAGACAUCCCCCCAGAGCAGGCAUCACACAUCCUGGAGAGGAGGAGGGAGAUGGGGCCCUACGUCUUCAGAGAGGCUCAGAUGUGUGUGUUCAGUGAGCUACUGAAGCUGUGGCCAGAGUUCCUGUCGUUCAGCAGCGGUGUGCAAGAGGAGGAGGUGUUGCCGAUGUUGCAGAACAGCGUGAACAAACAGAGUGCUAAACUGCAGCGCCGCAGAAGGAGAGAGGAGGAAAAGGAAGUGGAGAGGAGAGCCCAGGAGGAAGUGGAGAGGAGAGCCGAGGAGGAAGUGGAAGGGUUUCCAGAGCAGGAGGAGAAACACAGAGGACAACAGGAGAGCAGAGAGCUGCUUUACCCGAACCAACAGUUGUCUUGGUCCUACUCUAAAUACCUGGUCGCCCUGGAAAGAGAGGAGGUGCUGCUGAGGAGACAGGCCCAGCUGGAACUCACCUCCUCCACUGGGACAGACUCGUCCUCUGCCCACAGUCUGAAGUCAGAGGGCAGCAGACACUCCUGACAGAGCCAACACCAGGCCCAGCAGAGCUCUAUCGUCUCCCCCAGGACAGAACCGACACCAGGCCCAGCGGACCUCUAUCGUCUCCCCCAGGACAGAACCGACACCAGGCCCAGCGGACCUCUAUCGUCUCCCCCAGGACAGAACCAACACCAGGCCCAGCAGAGCUCUAUCGUCUCCCCCAGGACAGAACCAACACCAGGCCCAGCGGACCUCUAUCGUCUCCCCCAGGACAGAACCAACACCAGGCCCAGCAGAGCUCUAUCGUCUCCCCCAGGACAGAACCAACACCAGGCCCAGCGGACCUCUAUCGUCUCCCCCAGGACAGAGCCAGGCCCAGCAGAGCUCUAUCGUCUCCCCCAGGACAGAACCAACACCAGGCCCAGCGGACCUCUAUCGUCUCCCCCAGGACAGAACCGACACCAGGCCCAGCAGAGCUCUAUCGUCUCCCCCAGGACAGAACCAACACCAGGCCCAGCAGAGCUCUAUCGUCUCCCCCAGGACAGAACCAACACCAGGCCCAGCGGACCUCUAUCGUCUCCCCCAGGACAGGAAAUGGGCUUGUUUGAGUGGUAA